CCGCCCACCCCCCCGCGCGCGGGCCCGGGGGCGCUGCCGCUCGAGUGGGGAGCGGCGAACAAAAAGAGGAAAACCGGGAGAGCGGCAGCAGCACCUCCGGGUUGACUUGGCUCCUACGGAGUAAGAAAUGGAGAUGAUGACUGAAAAACAGAGAGAUAUGAAGUAUUUCUGGAACAAUACGCCUGAAAAAAGCGAUUAUGAGGCUGUAGAAGCCCUUAUUUCUAUGAGUUGCAACUGGAAAUCGGAUCUUAAGAAACAUGCAGAAAUGAGACCUAUAACUCCUGCAUCUGACAUGUCAGAAGAAAGUGACGAGGCUUUGCUUCCUGGAGCAGCAGACUUCAAUGCCAUACCAGCAUUUUGCCUGACCCCUCCCUACAGCCCUUCCGAUUUGGAGAUGUCGCAGGUGAUCCAUCCGCUCGGCAAGGCGCUGCCCGAGGCUGCCAAGCCUCCUCUGGCCACACCUCGGAGAGAAGCAGAGAGGUCGCCAGCAGCCAGGCCUCUGAAGGCUCGAGUGACAAGUGUCAUCCGCCACACGGCUGAUGCCCAGCUCUGUGAUCACACAACCUGCCCUGUGAGAACGGCCAGUGUGCUCAAGUACCAGGACAGUGCUUGGAGGGAAGCAAACAGGAAGCAGAACGCCAGAGAAGAGCACUCCGUGUGCUCUGCCGUGGCAGCCAGUGCUGAGACCAGCGAACUGUCAGAGGCAGAAGGAAGAACUGCAGAGCCAGCUGCUGGUCCCGUGCCCUUGACAAAGCCCUCGGUGAGCAAGGAGGAGUCUGUCCCUGAGCCAGCAGAGCAGCCAGCGGUGGCAGCACCGCUGUCCCCUGCCCAAGGCAGCGGAGCCCCCCCUGUGCCAGUGAUCUGCCAGAUGGUCCCGUUGCCCACAAACAACAAUGUUGUGGCGGCCGUGGUGCCCAGCACCGCGCCGAGCCAGCAGCCGGCUCUCUGUCAGCCCAUGGUCUUCAUGGGCACCCAGGUUCCCAAAGGUGCUGUCAUGUUUGUUGUGCCCCAGCCAGUUGUGCAGGGCACAAAGGCUCCCAUUGUUAGUCCAAAUGGCACAAGACUCUCUCCCAUUGCCCCCGCUCCUGGCUUUGUACCUUCUACAGCAAAAACCACUCCUCAGGCUGAUUCUUCAAGAAUAAGAAGUCACAUUUGCGGCUACCCAGGAUGUGGGAAAACGUACUUCAAGAGCUCCCAUUUGAAGGCUCAUGUCAGAACACAUACAGGAGAAAAGCCAUUCAGUUGCAGUUGGAAAGGCUGUGAGAGGAGGUUUGCUCGCUCUGAUGAACUGUCUCGGCACCGCAGGACGCACACCGGGGAGAAGAAGUUUGCCUGCCCGAUGUGCGAGCGGCGGUUCAUGCGGAGUGACCACCUCACGAAGCAUGCACGUCGCCACUUGUCGGCAAAGAAAUUACCGAACUGGCAGAUGGAGGUGAGCAAGCUCAAUGAUGGAGCCGUGCCGCCAGCGUCUGCCACCGCCCAGUGAAAGGACUUGAUCUGAAGACGGUGGAAUUAACUGUUGUUGCUGGGAUAGGCUGGCUGAAAAAAGGCUUUUUCUCCCGGUCUGUGGUUCUCCCGCACUGGCUGCUGACAGCAGUACAGAGAGGCAAAGGCAGCCUGCUCUCAGUCACAAAAAAUGUUGCUGGGAGAACUGGUGGCUGACUGGAAUAGCGGGUGUCUUUUGCACUUGUGAGGAGAGGAAGAAAGGAAAGGCUCUAGAGCGGAGCAGCCACAUUGUGCCAGUUUUGAAUUGUGCAAAUCACUUGUGUAUGCUCUAGAUCCAGUCCCAUGCAAGUGUUUCUGAGGGUUUGCUGCUAAUGCCUGAGACCAACUCCAGUUUUAGCUGUCACUUGUCCAUCUUCAGUAGGCGCAGACAAGGACAGCAGCAAUGUACGGGCACAGGCUUGAAAACCCAGAACCCACCUGCGUAAGAUAAUCUAAAUCUGUUUUGCUACUUCUGCCACCUUUGCUUGGUAGGAGUCUUUUUCUCCUAACCGUUCUCCAGCCCCAUCAUAAUUGAUGAUUUGGUGCCGGACUCCUGGAGAUUUUGGACAUCUCCUUCUGCAUGGGGUGGUUAACACACCCAGCUUUACACUGCUGUGUCCAGAGGGGCUUGGGAUGGGCAUGCAGGGGCAAUGCAUGGGCAGCCAAAGGGCAGGAACAUUUCUGAAUUGUUACUAGCUUUGUAAUGUUUUUCCAGCUGCUUUGGCAAGCUUUGUGGUUGUUACAGCUGGUUAUACCUGGGCAUCGCAUGAUGCUUCUGCUUUUGUGUUGCUUAUGGUUUCCUUUCCACCUUCUCACUGCGCUUGUCAUGAGCGGAUAAUGGGGCACCUUGGAGACAAACCUGGUAGCUGUAAACUACUCUGGUUGAUUUAAGAAGAAAACCAAGAAUCUUAGGCUUCUUGAUUGUGUUAUUCUUUGAAAGGCAGUUUAUGCUAAAAUUGAAAGGGAUAUAUUAUAUAUUGUAUUAAAAUACAAAGUUGUGAUUCAAAGAGUAAAACAAGGCAGCAAAGACACCGGCCUAGAAUUUAAACCAGCUUUUGUGACAAUGCAUCAAUUUUCACUAUUUGUAUUUUAUCAUAUUAUGUUGAGGACACAUAUCAGAAAAUGAAUGGUUUGAAAAUAGUGUAUUAGAUCUGCUUUUUGUGACUACUUUAAAGAUUUGCACAUUUCUUACAUUGUACUUUAUACUUUGUUUACAAUAAACUAAUUUUCUGUAAAUCGACCUCUUUUUUUUUUUAAUUCAUAGUGGAACUUACCCUUUGCAAGGAAAAUAACCUCAAAAUAAAAUUGUCCUGACCAAUGGAA